AUGUAAUACACAGAAGAUAACAGUAAAGAAUUUUCAGAUUUUUCUAUCCUGAAAACCAAAAAUAGCGAAACCCAAGUUGUCCAACCUACUGAAAAUCCACCACCUAUGAAGUUUACUUUUUAAGAGGCUGAAGAAAUUAUUCAAAAAUUUCGUGUCUAUAAACCUUAAAAUAAACAGUUUAAAUACGAAAGCCUACUAAAACUCUAGAAUUGCAAACUCAAAAUCUACAAAGAUUCAUAUUAUUUUGGUUAAUUAGUUAAUGGAAAAAAGAACGGGUUCGGAGUGAUCUUGAGUAAUAAUGGAAGAACAUAUGAAGGGUAAUUUGAAAACGAUAGAAAGCAUGGAUAAGGGUUUGAGAGGUUUCCUGAUGGAGCUUCAUAUCAUGGCACAUACAUAAAUGGAAAACCUGAUGGAGUAGGCAAAUUUCUUUGGGCUAAUGGUGAACUUUACGAUGGGAGCUGGCAAAAUGGAUUAAAACAUGGAUAAGGGAUAUGGAAUGGAAUCAAAGGGGAUUCAUAUGUUGGAGAAUGGAGAAUGGGUAAUCCUCAAGGCUUUGGAGUUCAUGUGUGGGUGAAUGGAGACAGAUACGAAGGAGAGUUCCAUAAUAGUUUAAAACAUGGAGAAGGAAUUGAGUAUCUAAUAAAUGGAGAUGUGUAUAAGGGCUAGUAUGUGAAUGGGAAACCAGAAGGAGUUGGAGAAUAUUAAUGGAGUUCAGGAAGUUACUAUAAUGGCACUUUUUCAAAUGGUCUAAGACAUGGCAAGGGGUUGUGGAUCAAAGAUAGAAAUGCCACUUUAACUGAUAGUUAUGAUGGAGAAUUUGUGAAUGAUAAAAAAUGCGGCUAUGGAGUUUACAAAUGGGCAAAGGGAAGUAAAUAUGAAGGGAACUUUUAUGAUGAUCUCAGACAUGGGUAUGGAAGCAUGUAUUGGAAUGAUGGAUCCUACUAUAUAGGCAUGUGGGAGUAAGGAUAUUAAUGGGGAGAAGGGGAAUACUGUAAAAAAGGAGAGCAACCUAAAUUUGGAACAUUUGAGAAAAAUCUAUUGGUUAGAGAAGAUUAAGAAAAAUUAAUACAAUAUCAUAGUAAAUAACAACCUUAAAUCCGCAUUAGAUAAUAUACAAGUAAAUAAAUUAAUUAGGUUUACAUAGCUAGUUAAAGAAGUGUUAGAUCUAAUAGUCAAAGGCCAAGUAGCUAGAGUUAACAAAGAAAUGUGAGGCCCAGUAGUGUUAAGAGUGUUAAUUAAGUCAAACAAGGAUCGAUGGGCAAUAAUUAAUUUUUUUGUAAGAAAAAGAGAUAACCAUCAUUACCAAAAUAAACAUUUGAUUUCGAUUUUUGA